CGGGGGAACCGGCCGGGCCCGGCCCUCUACGUUCCCCAAGUGUUCUGGGCCGGGCUGCUUAACCGGAAGAUUGGGGGCGGGGAAUCUGAAGAAAGGAAACCGAGUUUGAAACGGUCAGUCGGCCCUUCCGACAGGAACGGGCGAAGGGGACUCUCGGUUCCUGGAGAGCUCUCGCCACGGCCCGGCGGGGGUGGGGGAUGACCCGACACGAGGAGAGCCCGGGAAGCUGGACCCGGUGACGACUCAGGGAGGCCCAACCGAGGCCGAGACUGGAGGUCGAUCCCCUCCCCCGGCCUCCAACACGGCCCCCUCGCAACGGCCCCUAUGGGCCCAGGGGACCAGCGAGAAGCUCAUUCCCGAAGACCGGCCGUCGCCUGGGGUUAAAAACCGACCCCGUCCAAAGAUCCACCACAUUCAACUGCCGACUGCAUCGACGCGGAGAAGCCGGAUGUGCCCGGGGCCCGCUCGGGUGGGGUCGGAGCCUGGAGCGAGGGAGGCGGUAAGGGCGAUGGCUCAAGCGGGACUCAGUGCAGGAAUGAGUUCACCCGAUUCCUGCUAGGCCGCUGGUUUAUCGACUGUGGCUUCACACGCCCCUCACGGAUCAUUUAAUGCUUUGUCUGUCACAGAGUGCAGGGGUCGCGGUGCCCCAGGGGAGGGCGGGGAGGGGCUCCCUCCCCCCCUUUCCCACAGCUCCCCGGGGCCCGGACUUCCCAUUUGCUCAGCUCUGCCUCAGUUCACCAGUAUCACCGGGAAAUGACUGGCUUUGGCUCUGCUACAGAGAAAUACCUUGAGGGAGAUUUUCCUUUCUUCGCCCACCCCAGGAAGACGGGACGCCCCGAGCACGUGAACUUGUCCAGGCCACGGGUUCCGGGGGCAGCCCGGGUGCCCGGAGGCUAGCGGGGCCUCAGCUGGGGAACCGGGGACCAAGCCGGUCCCGGCCUGCUGCCGCCUUCUAAUCCGUCGUCCGCUCCUCUCCCGGGCUGGAAGUUGAGAAAGCGUCCGGCCCCCGGGACCAAACUGAGCCGGCGAUAGCCCCGGGGGCCAAGAAUCCAUUCUGUGGGAUUGGAGACCCGCCUCACCCCGGGCUCGGAUUUUGGGACCAACGGUCCAGCCCCUCGACCCUGGCCGGGGGAUGUGGAGAACUACAUUUGGGACAGAGGUGAAAAGGCUGCUACACCCAAAGGGCCCGAGGGCAGUGGUCACCACCAAUCUGUCCUGGUUCUCUGUCCUCCUCAGUCUUCCCAAGUGGAGGCCCGCUCUCGCUUCCUCCUGCCCACGUGUUCCGUGGGUCUGGGGCGGAGGCAGGCCCUUCUGUCUCUGUUCGAGGGGCUCCCUCCGUCGGCCCAGGGUCUAGGAGAGGGCCUCCAGCUGGGUGUUGGGAAGAAGAGGAGGAGGAGGAGGAGCCCCGAAGAUGGAUGAGGCUCUUUAGGCUCAAAAAGGAGGAACUGGAUCAAAAAAGUACCGGAGGUUAAUGAAUGACCAAAUGGAAAAUGAAAGCGACGCCUCCUCAAAAGGUGCAGAAGAGGGGGAAAUUCUUGAAAACCAAACAAUGAUGAAAGGAAAAUGAGCUCGUGAAUAAAGCCAGGGCACCAUGGAGCCGGCCCACCCACAAGCCGGCCACAAGUCGGUCGGUCCGCCGGUCGGUCGUCCGGCCGGCAUGGCUCAGCGAGGGCUCCUGAGAGCCUGGCUCUUGCUGCUCUUCUGGGCCGGGGCCUCUUCCCCUCACUGCUCCGGCCUGUGGCACCAGCUCCCGCGGGGCCUCUCGCGCGCCUUGCAGCUCCUGGACCAGGUGGCCGGCAGGUUCCCCCUCGAGUGCCUCGGGGCCGAGGAGAACUUGCGCUUCCCCCGGAAGGUCUUCGGGCCCGCGCGGCCCCGCCGGCCCAACGCCAUGCUUAUCGCCCAGCAGAUCUGCCACCAGGUCCUCGAUGUCUUCAGCCGAAACCUGCCCCCGGCAACCUGGGCCCGGGACAGCCUGGAGGCCUUCCUGCGGCUGCUGGACCGGCAGGCCGAGCGGCUGGGGCCCUGCGGGGCGGGCCGGGGGAGCCCCCGACCCGCCGGCGGCAAGCUGAGGAAAUACUUCCGCAGAGUCCAGCGUUUCCUGAGGCGUGGCAACCAGAGCGACUGUGCCUGGGAGAUUGUCCGGGCGGAGACCCGGAGGGGCCUGCAGAUGACCGAACUCCUGGUGGCCCGGCACGGGACCGCCCCCAGCCGUUUCUGACUCCGAGACAAAGCGACGGUGGGUGUCCCUCUGUCAUCGAGUCUCCGUUUUGAAAUACAUUCUCUCUCUCGUUCUCUCUCCUGCCUCUCUCUCCCUUCACCGGCUCCUGGGUCCUUUGAGGAUGCGGCACUCCAGAAAGACCCAACUGUGCCCAGUGACCUCAGCCAGAUCCACCUGAACGGCGGGGUCAAGGGAAGAGGAAGCAGGCAGCUCCUGGCAAGAAGGGCAACCCUCCCGCCCCCCGCCCCCGACACCGCGGGCUUCGUCUGGCACGAUCGGCCCCGGGAGGGCGAAGGGGCCGACGAGCACUCUCGCGACGGCUUCUGACUUACCAUUGGCAGCCUGGAUUGGAGCAUCUGGAGAUCAUCGUAACCAUAAAUCUGCUUGAAGACACAGUAAGGAGACGAAGCCAUCGUAUCAAUCCUUGGCGGCACCGGACCGGUCCGAGGCCCCCUUUCGGAAGCCCCGGGGCUGGGGUCUAAAACUCUGGCCGGGUCAGGCAGGGCAGAUCCCUGCCCUCCGCCCCCCCUGGGGGCACAGCGCUCCUCCACCUCCUCCCCAAGGAUGGGCAGGCUCCCAGAGACUGGCCAGAGGAGAGUGGUGAGACCGUUGGUGGGGGGGGGGGGGGGUAGAGGAGGAAAAGGCUUUGGUUCUGAUGACUAUUCAGCUCCAAGGAGGAAGACAGAUUACCAGCCGCGAGAAGGGGUGUGUUGCUCGGCAGACAGAGAGGGUCCGUGCUCCCACCGCGACCCGGGGCUUGGCCGCUCAGGUGCGGGAUCCGGCGCCCCUGAGUUCCGGCCGCCGUCCAGUGGCACCCAGCAGGUACAAGAGCCGCCACUUUGUGGGCAGGGGAUCCCCAGCAAAAGCCCUGGGCCCCACACGAGGGUGGGCGGGGGAGAGACCUCAUCUACCCUCCCCAGCUAGCCAGAGCGGUGGCUCCCAAGGCUCCGUCGCCUCCCUCAAAUUGCUGGCUAGAGCCGGACCGUCGGGCUCUAACCACCCGGCACUCCCGGGCAGAUGGGGAAAGGAAGUGCCUUGGAGGGGGCGGGCUGGCUCCCAGCAGCUCCUUGCCUGCUGACUCUUUAUUCCCGGGGCUUUCUGGAGCCAAUAUCAGGGGCUCCUCCCCUCUCCGAACCCUCCGGGAUGCUGGUGAACCAGCAAUGCCCCCAAAGCCACCCCCAAAGCCGCCCCCAAGGCCUUUGGACCCGGGUCCUUCACGCGCCAGACCAAGAGAGUCCAAGCCAAGGGCUUACUGGGUAGGCAGGCAGGAGUCCUCCGGGGCCCACGAUGUACUGGUUGUGUAACAGCGGCGGGACUCCCUGCGGCAGGUUCGGGGGAGCUUUGCCUG